CGUUUACCGAGGCCGGCCUAUUUGUGUAUAUAACUCGUACACCUCGAGCGCGGAGCUCGCCGACUUGCACCUUCACUGCCUACAAUCGCCUGUCCUUUUCGUUUGAGUCCAGUCAGAAAGACUUCCGCCUUGCAACAUGGCUCCCCACGCAACGACACCACCACCACCUAUGCUUCUGGAACGGCCAACUCCUCCUAUCCGUGUACUAGCUUCUUCAAGAGCCGUCGUCGGUGGCCGGCUCACUGAAGCUACAAUUGUUGUAUCAAACAUUACCGGCAAAAUCACAUCUGUCUUCCACUCGGUGCUCCCUCCAACGGAUUUCCCCGAAGGCACGCCAUACACGGACUACUCUCCACGGAUGUUAUUGCCUGGACUGGUCGACGCGCAUGUACAUCUCAAUGAGCCUGGCCGAACAGAAUGGGAGGGUUUCUGGACCGGUACCCGAGCAGCGGCUUUUGGCGGAGUCACUACUGUCGUCGACAUGCCACUGAACGCCAUCCCACCAACAACGACUGUUGAGAACCUCAAGAUCAAAUGCGAGGCAGCAGAAGGAAAAUGCUGGGUUGAUGUAGGCUUCUACGGAGGUAUCAUUCCAAGCAACGCCGGCGAUCUCAAGGCACUAGUCAAGGAGGGCGUUCGAGGAUUCAAGGGCUUUUUGUGCGACAGUGGAGUCGACGAGUUCCCCGCCGUUUCCUCACUCGACAUCCAGAAAGCGCUGUUGGAACUCAAAGACUGCGCCACCACACUCAUGUUCCACGCCGAAAUGAUCCCACCCAUUGCCGACUCGGUCGGCGACGACGUGCAGACAUCCAACCCGCCUCUCGCGCCAAAGGGCUCUCUAACCUCGUACGACACAUUCCUGCAGUCGCGGCCCCCAUCCUUUGAAACGUGUGCCGUCGCCGAGAUCCUGUCGCUCGCCCAUCUGGCUCCCGAGCUGCAACUCCACAUUGUGCAUCUAUCGGCCAUCGAAGCCAUCCCUCUGCUGCGCAAGGCGCGCGCAGAAGGCGUCAAAAUCACCGCCGAAACAUGUUUCCACUACCUGGCUCUCGCCGCAGAAGCCAUCAAGGAAGGCGACACAAGACACAAGUGCUGUCCGCCCAUCCGCGAGCAAUCCAACCAAGACGGCCUGUGGGAAGAGCUCCUUCAAGACACCGCCGACGGCGUCAUUAAAACAGUCGUAUCGGACCACUCGCCCUGCACACCAGACAUCAAACUCUUACCUGCGCAUCUAGCACCCACCUCAUCCUCAUCCUCAUCCUCCUCAUCAACAGAACAACCACAAACCCAGCCCAACCAAGGCGAUUUCUUCAGCGCAUGGGGCGGCAUUUCCAGCGUCGGCCUCGGCCUCCCCAUCAUCUGGACCGAGGGCAAAAAGCGCAACGAGAAAUUCCGCAUCGAAGACGUCGUACGCUGGUGCUGCAAAAACACCG